UAAUCUUUUACUUCUUUUGAAUGGGUUGAGUUCCUGCUCACAAAGGUGAUGUUACAUCACAAUUUGAGCCCCCCUUUUUCUCCCUUUAUUCACCCAUCCCACAUCGAAAAAAUUUCGAUUUAUUUUCGGUACAAAAAUCUCUGAAAUUCACCGGUUUCCUCAUCUCCAGAAUCCAAUUCCUUUCUUCCUUUCUGUCGAUUUCUCUACUUUUCGAAACCCAAGCUCUACAAUAUGCCCUAAACCUGGUUGAACGAUAUGGGAGGCUGGGCCAGCUCGUCUGCUAAACGGAGGAACGGCGGCGAAAAGGGUGGAAAAACGGCUGCCGUCAGCAAAGAACCACCGUCGCUUAAGAAGACUGACAGUGGUAGCGGCGGUGGCGGAAGCAGCCGUGGAAAGUCGUUGUGCCGGCCUGAGAAGAAGGUUUAUUUCCCGAAGAAAUAUGGUUUCAUUGCAGAUAAUUUCUCCUCUAUUGACCAGGUUACCGCAGCCUUGAGAAAAGAAGGAUUAGAAUCGUCGAACCUCAUCGUCGGAAUGGAUUUCACCAAAAGCAACGAGUGGACAGGUAAAGUAUCGUUCAAUAAUCGGAGCUUGCACGCCGUUUCUGAUUCUCCUAAUCCCUACGAAAAUGCUCUGUCAAUCAUCGGGAAAACUCUGGCUCCCUUCGACGACGACAGCUUAAUUCCUUGCUUUGGUUUCGGCGACGCAACGACGCACGAUCAAACGGUGUUCGGUUUUCACAGUGAUAAUACUCCGUGCCAUGGAUUCGAAGAAGUUAUUGACUGCUACAAAAAUAUAAUUCCGAAUGUGCAACUUUCAGGGCCAACUUCUUACGGUCCUGUGGUUGAAGCUGCAAUGGAUAUUGUGGAGAAGAGUGGUGGACAAUUUCAUAUUCUUCUUAUUGUUGCAGAUGGACAAGUUACUCGAAGCUCCAGUGUUGGCGAUGACGAAUUGAGCGUUCAAGAGGAGAAAACAAUCAAAGCAAUUGUCGAUGCAAGUGCAUAUCCUCUUUCGAUUGUUCUUGUUGGAGUUGGAGAUGGCCCUUGGGACAACAUGAAGAAGUUCGACGACAAGAUCCCAGCUCGGGAUUUCGAUAAUUUUCAGUUUGUUAACUUCACUGAAAUAAUGUCGAAAAACCUCGGCACGCCCGAAAAAGAAGCAGCUUUUGCUUUAGCUGCACUAAUGGAGGUUCCUUUCCAGUACAAAGCAGUCACAGAAAUGGGUCUUAUAGGACAUGUGACAGGAAAAGCAAAACGCAUUGUGCCACGACCCCCACCGGCACGUUAUACUCGUCCUUCACGGCUGACUCCCAUACCUAGCAACACCUCCUCAGCUUCUGCAUUUGAUGAACAUAGCCAGGUCUGCCCCAUUUGCUUGACCGCAGGAAAGGACUUGGCCUUUGGAUGCGGCCACAUGACCUGUAGGGAAUGUGGAUCAAGAUUGUCCAAUUGCCAUAUAUGUCGCCAGCCUAUCAGAAACCGAAUAAGGCUAUACACUGGGUGAUUGGAUCGCACCAAGAGGGUAUUGAGACGAUGUCAAUGACAAUCAGAUGGAUAUGAUGUACAGGAAUCAAGGGUUAGACAAUUAAGAAAUGUAUGUUGUAUGGACAGAACUAGGACUGUUCUACUCAUGGGUGUUGUGUGUGUGUGAGGUGAGGUUCAAAUUCCCAAUGGAUGAGGACUCUGAUGUACAUAGGAAAAACAAUGUGCUCAUAUGUAAUUGUAAAAACAAUGUAGUGUCAACUCCUUGUCAAUAUUUUAUGAUGCAAACAAGAUUUCAUGUGCUUACGCGUAAGCUUCUUUUAACCACUACUGGUUGUAAUGAAUAAGCUAAUAGCAAAAUUGUCAUUAGCUCGA